AUGGGCAAACAGAACAGCAAACUGAGGCCAGAGAUGCUUCAGGACCUGAGGGAGAACACAGAGUUCUCGGACCACGAACUGCAGGAGUGGUACAAGGGUUUCCUGAAGGACUGUCCCAGUGGAACAUUGAACGUGGAGGAGUUCAAGAAGAUCUACGCCAACUUCUUCCCGUACGGCGACGCAUCCAAGUUUGCUGAACACGUCUUCCGAACAUUCGACACCAAUGGCGACGGUACAAUAGACUUCCGGGAGUUCAUCAUCGCCCUGAGUGUGACGUCGCGGGGCAAGCUAGAGCAGAAGCUCAAAUGGGCCUUCAGCAUGUAUGACCUUGACGGCAAUGGCUACAUCAGCCGUGAGGAGAUGCUGGAGAUUGUACAGGCUAUCUACAAGAUGGUCUCAUCUGUAAUGAAGAUGCCAGAGGACGAGUCCACGCCUGAGAAGAGGACGGAUAAGAUCUUCAGACAGAUGGACCUCAAUAAUGACGGUAAGUUGUCCUUGGAGGAAUUCAUCAAAGGUGCCAAAAGUGACCCCUCCAUUGUCCGACUACUCCAGUGUGACCCCAGCUCAGCUUCUCAGUUCUGA